UAUGCCAAUCCGUUGUGCGGCCUGUGUACGCAGCUGCCAUGAGACUGUGCACAGCGCUGGCAGUUGUUCUGGUGCUGGCUGCUGGUGCAUCGCAAGCGGCCAGGAUUCUGGGCAUCAUCCCGACGCCUUCCAUCAGCCACCAAACGCCCUUCCGCCUCAUUGGGCUCGAACUUGCCAGGCGGGGACACCAAGUUACAGUCAUCACUACAGAUCCCCUAAGGGAAAAAAUAGUAAAUUAUACUGAAAUAGAUGUAUCCGUGACGUACGAUUUCUGGAGAGCGACGUAUGACUUCAAUUCACUGUCGGAUUCCGUUCCACACGAUAUGCUGCGCCUUUUACCUCAUAUGGGGCAAAGGAUAUGUGAAAUCCAACUGGACUCCCCAGAGAUGAAAGAUUUUAUCCGGUCGGCGCCUACUUUUGACGUCGUUAUUGUCGAGCGACUAAUGUACCAGUGCUACUACGGCCUCGUACACAAGGUGGGAUCACCACCUCUCAUAGGCUUUGUCACCCUUACUGCGCCCGGUCCGCUGCACGUAAUGCAAGGAAAUCCCAACAACCCCGCCUAUUGUCCUGAUAUGUCACUCCCUUACAACGACCACAUGUCGUUCUGGGAAAGAAUGUACAACGCAUACAUAAUGGGCCUCUUUCUACACUCAUGGAACUAUGUAAUUAUGGCAGAUCAAGAGCGGAUAAUGAGGAAACAUUUUGGCCCUGACGCUCCAUCUGUGUACGAAACGGAACGAAACUGCAGCCUCCUUCUUAUAAAUAAUCACUACAGCAUGAAUUACCCACGGCCGAUGCUUCCCAACAUGAUAGAGUUGACAGGACUACAUCUAGAGAAACAGCGACGGCCUCUGCCCAAGGACAUCCAGAAAUUUCUCGACGGAGCGGAGGACGGCGUGAUAUACUUCAGCCUUGGCAGCAACGUGAAAGGGAGCGCGAUACCGGAGGAGAAGCGGCUGGCGUUCCUGGAGGCUUUCGCACAGCUGCCGCAGCGAGUGCUCUGGAAGUGGGAGGCUGGCAGCAUGCCCGGUCAGCCGGACAACGUUAUGACGGCCAAGUGGUGGCCCCAACAGGACGUCCUUGCACAUAAGAAUAUGCGGCUGUUCAUCACGCAAGGCGGACUGCAGAGCGUGAACGAAGCAAGCUACUUUGGUGUGCCGAUGAUCGCAAUUCCGUUCAUGGGAGACCAGAAGCACAAUGUGGCCAAGAUUGUGCAAGCUGGCAUAGGAUACCGCCUGAUGUUCAAGGAUGUCACCGUAGAAUCGGUACUGAAGGCUGUGCGCACCGUUCUUGGCGAUAAAAGGUACCAGGAGAACAUGAGACAGUUCUCGGCGGUGUUCCGCGAGCACCAGGAGACGUCACUGGAUCGCGCCGUGUGGUGGGUGGAGUACGUUCUGCGCCACCGGGGAGCCCCGCACCUGCGCAGCGCGGCUCUGGACCUGCACUGGUGGCAGCUCUGGCUGCUCGACGUCAUCGCAUUUGUUGUCAUCGUGCCGGCUGCUGGGCUCUACCUGCUGUUCAGGGCCGCCCGCUACGUCACCACAACACGUGCCGCUCUGAAGAAGAAACCACACUGACACUGCGGACUACUGCCUGACCACGGCGGUAUUGCACUCGGCCUCCAGUGGCCGUUAUCGAAAUGGUUCAAAUGGCUCUCAGCACUAUGGGACUUAACAGCUGUGGUCAUCAGUCCCCUAGAACUUAGAACUACUUAAACCUAACUAAC